AUGGCUCGACUGCAAAACAGCAGAGUCCGCGCCUCACUGGACGGCACAGCAUGGAAGCCGAAGUUGAGGGCGACGUCGUUUGACGAGGGGCUCGACCUCUUGCUGGCCAACUUGCCGACUGCGGUGAGCAAUGGACCAUGGAAGCCGAAUGCCGAGGUUGGCUUGGAAGAUGCGGCCGCUUUGGCGGCGGGAGGCGAGGCGCCGUCGUUUGUGACUGCGGCGCUCGGGACGGCAGUGGGGACGCGGGACGUUGUUGACCGCAAGUGUGCGGGACUCGGGUUGAGCAAGUGCGGCGAGAUGCUGGAGAUUUUCCCAUGGGCACUCUCACACCUGAUUCCAACGAUCAACUUGCCUGGCGUCGGCUCGUCGCUUGUUCUCGACUUACACUUGCUCCACGAGAUUCUCUUGGGCGAGAUUACAAUGUGGAACGACCCGGAGAUUGCGGAGCUGAACCCCGGCCGGCUGCUCCCAAGCUCACCCAUUACGCUCAUCUCGUACCCCGAGCUCGCGAUCACUGAUGUGUUUGAAGCCUUGCUUACCAACGAUACCCACGACGAGGCGCCGCUGUUCUCGUCGUCGAACACGAUCGAGACGGAGGAUGCGAUAGCGGCAGCGUCGAUGCUGUUCGCGACGAGCAACUCACUGGCUAUCCUCACGUCGCAGACGGUAACUCAGGGUGGAUACACGCGACUUGUCAUCCCCAAGUUGAUCAAUGCUGCUGGCGUGGUGGUGUCUUAUAGCGAGCGGAGCGUGACGGCAGCGGCGGCGUUGCUCGACGACGACGCGUCCGAAGCGCUCAACUCGAAGGCCGAGGACGCGUGGCCGCUUGUCUUUACCGAGUGGAUGGUCAUGCCUUCCAAGAUCCAAGGUGUGGAUCCUCAAUUUUGCAGCGCCAUGGUCUCAAGCAUGUCAGGAGUCAAGUUCCUCAUCUCGUCGCUCUUUAUUACCGAGCGGCUGUGGCUGUACGGGCAUGUGCCGCUGCCGCGUGCGCUGCGCUCGAUUGUGGUGCAGCGGUUGCAACAGUUUGAGUGUAAUGGAGUAGAGCUGGCGGUAUCUGUCGACCGGGUAGACGGCGCCGGCGCGACGUUUCCUUCAAACGUCUACGUCCAGGCCAUUGAGUUGUUCAACGUCCUCACCUCGUCGCAACUCUCGUAUUCUCCCGUUGGCUCUGGAACAGGCAAGGCAAGGCUGGUGGCUGGCCAGAUGCUGUUUGCCGGCUCUGACUCGGCGCUCUCGGACGCAGACCUCAACGCGGUCCCCACUCUUGUGCAGCUACCCUCGCUUGCCGGCGCAGUGGCCAUCUCGUACAAGAUCAAGAUGACUUCCGAUGCACCGGCGUUGGUGCCGACGCUUGUGCUCUCGCGAUCUGCGCUUGCCGACAUUUACCGUGGCGCGAUUACGGCGUGGAACCAUCCGCAGAUCGAGGCGCUCAAUCCAGGCCUCGCGCCGUACUUGACCAAUGCGACAAUUUGCAUCCACGUGGUCGACUUUCGGUCAGGAACCACGGGUAUUCUCACGGCGGCACUCUCGACUUUUUCGCCAGCGUGGGCGGCAACGAUUGGCGAGACUACGUACAUCGACGAGUGGCCGGCCGAGCGACCAGAGACGGGUGGUUGCGUGGUGCGCCACCCAACCAAGACGUCGCUCGUGAACGGCAUGUUUGCGGAUCCAAACGCCAUUGGCUACUCCAAUCUCGAGCGGGCACAGCGACUUGGUGUCCCACUCGCCUCGCUAGUCAACCGGGCAGGAACGACGGUCGAGGCCUCAGCGGCCACGGUCCAGUCGGCGAUUAUCGACGCCCAAGACCGGAAUGCGCCCAACUCGCGGCUUCCGUACGUCAAGCCGCUGGCUAAUGGCGGCUCGCAACUCUCGUGGCCGAUUUCGGGCUACACGUACUUUGUCAUGGACUGCCACGCGAAGAGCAACUGCGACAAGUUACGGCAAGCAGCCAAGUUUUACCAGUGGCUUGUCACGUCACCGGACGCGUCCGUCAUUGCGUCGUCGCUCGGCUUUGCCGCGCUGCCCAACGUGACCACAAUGCUGACGGUGGGCGAGCUCGAGCGCUGCACCUGCGGCGGCCGCCCGCUUUUGGAUCCGUGCUCGGACGGGCUCUGCGCAGACGCAGCCACAUCGACAGGAAUCUCUGCGGGGACGAUUGUGGCGAUUUUGGUUCCGCUGGUGGUGAUGGUUGUGGUGUGCGGCGUGCUCGCCGCCGUCUGGAUCCACUCGCGGUCCCGUGACGUGGUGUUCAAGCUGGAGGUUGACGAGGACAUCCUUGUGGCCAAUGAGGAGCUUGAGCUAGGCAGUGCAAUUGGGACCGGUUCGUUCGGAACUGUGUACCUGGCGCACUGGCGCGGCUCACCGAUGGCCAUCAAGUACAUGCACGGGCUGGAGGAGAACACGGCCCGACUGGCCGAGUUUGUGGACGAGGCCUCGGUCCUGCUCAAGCUCCGACACCCACACAUUGUGCUGUUUAUGGGCGUUGUGCUCGAGCCGGCCGGCAUCGUUACCGAGUUCCUCCCGCAUGGCUCGCUUUACACAGUCCUGCACAACUCGGAGUUGCAGAUCGAGCGCAACCUCGCGCUGUGGUGGAUGCACUGCAUUGCCAUGGGCCUGGACUUUCUGCACCACGGUGGCAUGGUCCACCGCGACAUGAAGUCGCUUAACGUCCUACUCGAUGCGGGAUGGGUGCCCAAGAUCUGCGACUUUGGCCUCUCGUCGUGCAGUGAGUCUUCAGCAUCCAUGUCGCUCUCGAGGAAAGAGCAGUCAAGGCGGGCACGCAAGCUCAAAAAGCUUGUCAGCAAGAUGAACAAGAGAAAUGGCGCCAAGUUGCACUCGCUCGGCUCGGCCAGGCAUACGGCCGGUUUGUCGUCGAGGAGCUCGCUCAACUCGGCAGGUUCGGGUGGAUCCAACGGCUCGAGCGCGGGUGGUUACGGGACGAGCAACGGGGUCAACGCCGCACUCGGCUCGUUGCUGUGGACGGCACCCGAGGUGCUGCAGAACGGCGCCAGUGCAUCAUCACCUGCGUCUGAUGCGUUCGCCUUUGCCAUCACGGCAUGGGAGAUUCUGACGCGUAUGGAGCCGUAUGCAGGGAUGCACCCGGUGGCGGCGGCGACCAAGGUGUCGGAUGGGAGCCUGCGCCCGAUUCUUGGCGUUGUGCCCGACUGGGGCAAGUCGGUGGUGCCCUUGCUCGAGGAGGCGUGGCACGCUCAGCCGACGGCGCGGCCGCCGCUCUCUGUCAUCGGCAAGAAGCUCUCGUCGCAGUAUGUGCGCAAGCAGAUUGUGCACCCGAUGCCGGCGAAUCUGCCGAGCGGUGAAGUGGUGGCUGUUCUUAUCUCGUGUUCGGAGAAUGUCGCCCAACUUAGCGUCGACGUGGGCGAGUGUCGCGAGGCACUGCUCGCCUUCCAUGGCAUGCUUGACACGCUCGUGGGCGCGCCGAGCUGCAGCGGCGUUAUCGCCGAUCGAACCCUCGCACACGCAAUGGUUGUGUUCAACGUCCCGGCGCACUUUGCAUCGUUCGCAGCCGAUGCUCUCCGGAUGAUGGGCAGUGGACCGAUGCGUGUCAAGAUGGUGGCGGCACACGGCACGAUUGUGACGGUUGCACAGGGCGGGACCGAGAACUCAGACCAGCGGUUGCUUCAGUUCUCAGGCCCCGUGAUAUCCGAGAUUCUGUCGCGCAACGCGCCACUUGAGGUCACCGGCAUCCUUGUUGCUCCGAGCCUCACCGGCCCGGUGGUCGAGGCGGUGGCGGCGUUCAAGGACGCCGCGGCGUCCAACACAGCCGACGUGAUUACGGACAUUGGCUCGACCCUCGACUCGGCUUUCCCGGACAACCGAAGUGAGGUGCGGACACCAUACGACUCGAUGAUGCUGGCUGGCGCCAGUGGACAAGGGCUUGGUAUCGCGGUCGUCCGGGACUCGACUGAGAGCGGAUGGGCGAUGGUGGUAAGCGAGACCACAACCAGCACGGCGGCGCCGGCUGAGAUGACGCAUGCGUCGCUGGUGCCGGCAUCAUCGGUCAACUCGCUGACAAGUGAGCGGCUCACGCUCUCGGCACUCCAGAGCGGGUCGUCGUUCUUGGUCUCCGGACCGGUGAUGAAACGGGUGCUGGCCAAGGGGAGCGAGCUGUGUGUCGGCUCGUUCUCACGGGUGGCAGCGUCGGAUGCAGACGGGUCACCGGUGGUGACCAAGACUGUGCUCGAGCAGACCAUGUCGUCGGUGGCACUGGUUGAGCUUGUCAUGGCCAUGGCGUUGCAGUUUGAGCUCAUCAAGUCUUUGCCGGAUGCAGUCCUCGCUCCCAUCGCUGUCUGUCCGUUUCGGCCGCACAUCUCAGUCAUGUACCCGCUGGUCGAGCUCGGCUCGAUCGGCGACGCCAUCGCUGCUGGGAACUUUGGUGGCGAGUUCUCCCGCCGUGUCUCGGUGGCGCUGGCGCGGGCGCUGUUUGCGCUCCACACCGAGGGCGUGACGCACGGCUCGAUCAAGCCGAGCAAUGUAAUGCUUAUGGAGGCGAGCGGGUCCAAGGUCACACUUAUGGAUGUAGGCAUCAAUGGCAUCAAGACCUCGCUCUCCACCAUGACAAUGUCGCCAUCGGUCUCGUACUCGUGCCCCGAGGUGCUCAACGGCGAAGCCGUUGGACAGGGCUCGGACAUCUUUGGCUUUGCAUCGACGGUCUUUGAGCUUGUCAGCGGUAAGCAGGCGUUCACCGGCAUCAACGCCAUGCAGGUCGCGUACAGGAUCAUGUCCAGCACAGUACCACCCACGGCACACAUCCAUCCGGAGCUUGCUGCGCUGCUUGUCUCGUGCUGGGCACCGGCUGCGUCAGACCGACCCCAUAUGUCGGAGGUUGUCCAGCACUUGUCGCGGUUCACCUCGCUCGAGUUUACGGUGGCAGGGACUGUCGGCGGCGAGCGGUAA